AUGGGCAAGGGAAAUCGAAGCAACGCGUAUCUUUGGGCCACCCUCCAACCAUGUUUCACAUCUCUCUACAUCGCCUUCUUGCUGCACCACGUGACCAGCACGGUCGGCAGCAACUCUCCGUUUCCUUACAUACCAGAGGACGAAAUUAACCUUGACUGUGGCUCCUCCGGCAAUUCGACCGCACUAGAUGGUCGGACCUGGAUUGGAGACGAGAAUUCUAUAUUCUUCCCAGUUGAACAUCUUCAAAACAAUGCAUCUCUAACUGCAAGCGUUGUGCAGCAAUCCUCCUCUGCUACCCGAGUACCCUAUACAACAGCCCGCUUAUCUCUCUCCCCAUUCAGCUAUAUAUUCUCAUCAGUCACUGCAGGCCAAAAAUUCGUUCGACUAUACUUCUACCCAGCUACUUACGGCACCUUUGAAUUCUCUAAAGCCCGAUUUUCUGUCAAAGCUGGACCUUUUAUUCUUCUUCGCAAUUUUAAUGCUUCGCUUACAGCAGACGCUGAUGAUGAUUCCGGUGACACCAUAUUUAGAGAAUUCUGUGUCAACAUCGAGGAAGGUCAGAGGCUGAACUUAACCUUAACUCCAAGCGAUUCCAAUUCAUUUGCUUUUGUCAACGGAAUUGAAAUCUUGUCGAUGCCUACUAAUCUCUAUUACACUCCGUCUGAUGAUCAAGGGCUCCCUUUUAUCGGCCAAGAGCAGGUGUACAGAGUCGUUAAUGUAACUGCUCUCGAGAUGCUAUACAGAAUAAAUGUUGGAGGGAGAUCCAUCCCACCCACUGAUGAUACAGGAAUGUUCCGUACCUGGAAUUCGGACGAGGAGUACUUGACAGAAGAUACAUCAUCUGUUCUACCAGUUAACAGCACUAUUGAAAUAAACUUCAGCCAAAUACCUCCGUACACUGCACCGGAAGAAGUCUAUAAAAUUGCCCGCACUCUGGGGACUAACCGAUCCUCGAAUAAGUUAUACAAUCUCACUUGGCAACUUCCCGUGGAUUCUCAGUUUGAUUACCUUAUUGGUGUUGGUGGGUUCGGUGACGUGUAUAAAGGGUACAUACACACUGAUGGUGGGGCCACCCAUGUUGCGAUCAAACGGUUGAAACCCGGUUCUCAACAAGGGGUUCAGGAGUUCAAAACAGAAAUUGAGAUACUAUACCUCUUCCGUGGAAUCAACGCCUCCAAAUCUGUCUUGGUGCGGCACGUGCGUUAA